AUGAAUUAUGAUGAUCCAUAAUUUACAUUAUUGAAUAUUGACGAUGAAUAUGAUCUUUUGAAUAAAAAUUAAACAAAUGGUUUAAAUCUUGAACCUUGGAAUGGGAAUUCUGAUAAAAUUUAUUUACCAAAGAAACAACUAAAAUUACCAAAACAUAUUAACUAUAAAAUAAAAACUCCAUCUAGAACAACUACUCAAUAACGCAGACGUUCUAUUGAAAGCAUUUAACCAUCUCAUUAAGAAAGCUGUCCAAAAAUAGAGAUGAAGACUCCUACUUAAUCGUUUUAGAUGACUAGUUUAUCUCCUAGAAAAAACUCUACUCAUUAAUAUAAACAAAGUUGUUUAAAAAUGAUGUUCAAAAAAUAAAUACAAUCUAAUUUAUUAACAUGGGCAGAUUAUUACAAACUUAUUUAAAGAAAUCAUAAUUAAUAAGUUGUUAAUUAUAAUCUUAUAGGUUAUAAUAUUUAACCAUUAAAAUUAGAGGAACGACAAAAUCUAUUCAAUAAAUUUAGAAUGAAAAUAAAAUAAAAUACUAAAAACAAAACUGAUUAUUGA